ACAUACUUGUUUGUCCGAUUGCUAGUGUGCAAAGAUUUUGUCAGCUAAAUUCGGCACAAGUCGCUGAUCUUUAUAUGACUGUCAGACAGAUUGCUGAACGACUAGCUGGAUAUUUUUCAGCUACAAGCUUAACCAUAUCUAUGCAAGAUGGAGAAGACGCUGGUCAAAGUGUGUCACACGUUCACGUCCAUGUAUUGCCAAGAAAACCAAAUGAUUUCCCAGAGAACGAUGAUAUUUAUAAAGCAUUACAAAGUCAUGAUAAAGUGAAAAAUCGCGUCUAUCGAUCACACGAUGUAAUGAGUCAAGAAGCCAAACAACUUCGGCAGUUAUACUACCAAAACACUUCAUAACGUUCAUCAAACCGCUAAUAUUUUUCUUCCUUCUAUCCUACUAUGUACCUCGUUCAUUCCUUUGUUCUGUUUUAAUUUUCACUUUCAUGUUAAUUAUGCAUUGGUUAUUUGCUAUUGAUGUUAUGUACUGUUUGUUGUCUAUAUUACCUUUCCAACUACCCUUUCGUAUUUACUAUUUUCGAUGCUGAAUAAUUAGAUGCGGUAACACGAAAGCGUAAUUUGUUUAGAAGCGAGAUUGUUAUUGUAGUUUUAGUUAUUUCUCUUUAUUACGGACAUAAAAAUAUUUUUGUUUGUUGCUGUUUUUUGAUUUAGCAUUCAGUUUCUUUCAGACUGAGCUAAUAAUUAUUUAUAUUAUUUUAAGGAAAUGUAUUUGUCUUACUAUAAAUACAAACUUUUCUGUCUCGAUUUCUUUGAAAGUGUUGUGCUUUAAGUUGAUUUUUCGGGUAUCGUAUCUUUAUAUCUGUCUACUUUUACUUUUCCAAUUGAAUGUCGAUAGACAUCUUCAGUUUGUAACUAAAUAUACCGUAGCUAUGUUA